AACAGACUGCCUUUCCCUUGGCUUUGUUUUCUACAGGUUUGGGCUGGUUUCAUCCAAUGGCCUCGCCCUCUGGGGAACCAAGGCUGCUGCCCUGCAGGGCCUGUGACAUGGUUUUCAGCUCCUGGGCUCUGUUGGCCAUCCACACCCAGCGCUUCUGCAUUGGCAACGCAAGCCAAGAGGUGACACUUGGAGCCGGGUCAUCUACAGAGACUGAACUAGGGGGCUCCUCCGAGGUGCCGGGUCUGCGGCUGUCCCUGCAGCAAAUACAGCCUCGGGCAACAGAGUUCCCCAGGUCAGAGGCGCUAACUCAGGACCUCACCUCCGAUUCGGCCGGAAGCCCAAGCGAGCGGUUGCGGGCGCUGACUGGGAACCACGCCCGACGCGUGGCAGAGACCGAGGCCCAGGGCCGGGCUCUGCAGCGGCGCAGCGAGGAACUGAGUCGGCGCCUCCAAGGUAUGGCCAAGCCCCGGGGCAGAAUGCCCCACCUAGUCGGCCUGGAGCAGGAGCUUCUAGAACUCCGGACUGAAGCUGGGCCGACGCGAGCAGCUCUGGAAACAGAGGGGCCCACGCCGAAACCCGACAAAGAGACCGCACUUGGUCGCCUGGUGUUACAGGCCAACCCAGAGUCGCUGGCCGCCGAGAUUGGGGCCCUGCGUGAAGCCUACGUUCGGGGCGGGGGCCGGGACCCUGGCGUUCUCGGUCAGAUGUGGCAGCUCCACGUGGAGGCCUCCGCUCUGGAGUUGUGGCGGUCUAGGGCCCGCAAGGAAAGAAGGACAGGUGCUGUCUCGGGGGAACUUCUGGUAGUGGAGGCUGAGAACCAGCGCCUGGAGGCGGAAAUCAUGUCCCUGCAGAUGCAGAGGGGCGCAGGGCAGAGGACCUGGGGGCACCGGGAACCACUACUCCUGACCAGUCCUAGACUACGCCUGAGGGGCAGGGGAGAUCCCCCACUUCUCCCACCUCUGGUAGCUCCCCCACUGCCACCGCCUGCACCCUCCACAGAUGCCACAUUUCUGAGUGGCGGCAGAAAGGCGCCAUUGUUUUCUGGAUCCCUGGUUAAUAACUCGGGCCUGGACCCAUACCUCCUCCCUCCAUCUGAUGUGCUGGGCCCUGCACCAUAUGACCCUGGGGCCGGUCUGGUCAUUUUCUAUGACUUCCUGCGAGGCCUUGAGGCCUCUUGGAUUUGGGUGCAGCUAAUGACAGGUUUGGCCAGAGAUGGACAGGAUACAGGAGGGACUACAGUGCUGCCCCCAGCCAUUUGUCUGCCCCCGCCUCCAGCUCCUGGGCCCAUGGGCAACUGUGCCAUCCUUGCCAGCAGGCAGCCUGUGCCCAGGCUGCCACCCUCACCGUCAGUAUCCUUAGUCUGCAAACUGCAGGCCUGGCAGGGGCUAGGCUGGACCAGAACCCCGCAGCCAAAGGCCUGGGCCUCAUUGGUACUAUUUGACCAGGAUCAGCGGGUGCUAAGUGGCCGAUGGCGCCUCCCACUUCAGUCCUUUCCAGUGGACUCCAGCCUUGACCCUGGACAGCUGAAUUCAAACCCCCAGGCAGGUGAGGCCGAGCUCUUCCUGCGCCUGGUGAAUGCGAGAGAUGCAAGGGUCCAGACAUUGGCAGAGAUCAACCCAGCAAGUGCCCAUGAGUACCAGCACCCACCUCCAGUGAGGGUCCCACUGGAAAGAGGGGUACCCAAGAUGUCCAGCUUAUUUUUACCGGAAGCCACCUCUCCCGCCCCUUCAGCUGGCUUUGCUGAUCCACGCCCUACAGAGGAGCCCUGCAACGGGACCCAAGAUAGAUGAGAGCUGGAGUCCUCACCACAGCUUUGUUCUUCCCACACUGGACUUGAGCCCAGGUGAUGAAUGUAGGCUCGAGUACUAGGCCUGAGCUCUGUGCCCAGUCAUGUUCUGACAGAGCCUAGAGGCAAGUAUUAGCUGUGAGUACAUAUAUUGAGCUUCAACCACCUUCUAUUAUUUGACCUGCUUCGCCACCCCAUCCCCCCUUUGUAAGAGACUGCUGUAAGGAUUAAAUGAGAAUUUCACAUUUCACAAUGCCAUCUGGCACGAGAUUUUUGAAAAUGAUUAAAUUGAUUCUGACAAAUCA